GCGCCGGCAUCCAGCGUCUCCGCGGCCGCCGCUCCGAGGCACGCCACCACCACCACCACCACCACCACCACCAACGGCACCGACGACAGCGGCAGCGGCAGCGGCAGCAAGCGACAGGAGGGCAGCCAUGUUCGCGCGACUGUGCCAGCACAAUGUCGCCGGCGAGGCCAAGAGGCGGCACUCGUGGUCCAGCGACUGCGACUUCCAGCUGGUGGCCGGGGCGACUCUGCAGCCUCGCGCCCUCUCCACGUGGUACCUCACCGCAACGGAUGGCGUUCCGGAUGUUGUGGGGCCUUGCGGUAGUGGAGGAGUCGGCAGUAGCAGUAGCAGUACCGACAACAGCAGCGACGAGGAGGGAGGCGACACCGACGACGGAAGAGACGGCGGCGGGGGCGGCAGCGGUGGCAACGACGGCGACGAAGAGGAAGAAGAGGAGGAGGGCGACGGGCAAGAGGAAGACAUGGGCCAGAGGCCUUCGCGGCCUCGCAUCUCGCUCACCUGGGUUCUGCGGAGCGGCGGCGGCGGCGGUGGCGGCGCUCCGGGGCGCGCGCGCUCCGAGCCGUCGCUGAUGCAGCACAGACAGAGGCGGCAGUCGCGCGCCUCGCACAAGCCGCUGCGCUCCCGCCACUCGCGCUUCGGCUACGACAUCCAGGACGUCGACGCCUUCCUCGCAAAGGCUUCGAUCGAGAAGCCGGCCAACAUCCCCGUGGUGCUGGCGUCGCCGUGCGUGCUGUACCAGACGCGCACGGGCGGGUACCAGGAGGAGCUGUCGCUGCCCCUCGGCAUGGUGGUGAACGCCGUCUUCAAGAACCAGUCGUGGCUGUACGUGCAGACGCCGCACGGCGAGGAGGGCUACGUGGGCUACGGCGCGUGCCUGCCGCUGGGCAUCCUGCCGCCGCCGCAGCGCUCCAAGCCGCAGCCCUGCUGGGAGACGCACGCCGACAUCUUCCCGCGGCCGCUCGGCAACCGCACCGACAGCGAGAAGCUGCGCGACGGCACGCGCUCCGAGUGCGGCGCCGCCUCCGGCUCGGCGGCGUCGGCGGCGGGCGCGGCGGCCGGCCGCUGCUACCGCGCGCGCGACGCCGUGUCCGCGUGCGGCGAGCGCAGCGUCGACCGGCUGUACCUGCGCGCUGCCGCCAGCGCCAAGUGCCGCGCCGUCGGCACGCGCCACACGCUGCUCGUCAUCCGCUCCGACUACAGCAGCCGCGGCCGCAACACGCUCUCCGUCGCCAAGGGCGACGUAGUCGCGCUCGUCAGCGGCCACCUCAAGGACUGGUUUUGGGUGCGCAGUCGCGACGGCAGCGAGGGCUUCAUCCCGUCCGUCGUGGCCGGCCACGGCUUUCUCUGACAGCGGGGGCAGGAGGAAGCUGCGGAGGCCUCGCUACAUUAGCAGACAAUUCGUAUACGAUAACUCAGGUUCUAUCGGCGCUACCGAUCGAUAGCGUGCUUUCGGGUGUACGGCCGAGUAGUAGAUUCCGUGCGUACGCACGAUAUUUAGAGCGACCCGGCAGUAGCGUUCGGGUCCUGCGAACUGUGUUCCGAGUACGAGCUGGACGAACACCGACCGGACUUUUCUUUUAAUAUACUGGACGGUCUCCGAAGGAGGCGCACUCACCGGUCAGGAUACGUAGCAUCUUUUUUGGCUUAGGGUAAGAGUUAAAUUUGUUCUGUUGGCUCACGAUCUGUUUUCAACUGGUAAUUGACUUAUUGCUCUUUUUUCAUUUAUUUUAGAUUAAUUUGUGAAGUGCCAUGUCCCGGCGUCACUUUGGACAGCUGGCUUUGCUCUGUUUAGUUGUGUUCAUUAGGUGAUAUUACCGUCUGUCCUGAAUUUCUUUGUGUAAUGCUAUAAUUCCUCUAGCUUGCAGCUCUUCCGAUUCUCCUCUCCCUUUUAGUCACACCCGUUCGAGAUCCUAUUGUUUUUAUUGUGGUCGUCUCAGGUGUGAAUAUUGGAACCGAGGGAAAUUCGGCACCGUCAGUUGUCGCUAUAAUACGUCCUGUACGAACCCCUCAUUCUCUGCUUGAGUAGUCCAUAAUUUUCUCUAUCCUCUCUUUGAGACGGGUUAACUAAUUACUACAGACACCAGUGUACUGUCUGUGCAAUAUCAUUUUCGGUGCAUCGCUAUUUAUAGCAGAGUGUGAUCCCCGGUGUCAGUUACACUCUUUGAAAUUUAUUUGUUUUUUGAGGCCAUGCUGUUAUUCUGUGAAAUGCCCAUUCUCUCAGGCUUUACUAGUUUUGGUGGAUGAGGUGGCCAAGGAGAUCUUAAUAAAUGGAGCACCGGGCCCCGAGCCUUGUUUAAACUGAAGCCUCCGUCUCAGUUCUUUAGGUUGGUCGGUUGGUUUAAAAGAGGGUGGGAAGUGACCAUACUAUGAGAUCAUUGGUCCCUUGAUCCUAAUGAAACGAUGCCACAAGUGUGAGAAUAAGCCAGAAGAGACAUGUAACAUAAAACGGAAAGAAAGGAAAAAUCACAAGAACGAAGGAAAGGCAGCGAACACUAAAAGGAACAGGUUUUCUGACAUUUUUAUUCUGACAUAUAUUGUUUAUAAAGAUGUACUAAACUACUCAUCUGGUACACCUGAAAGCACACCAUUAACUUUGUCUAGGGCUCUCUGUGACUGUAACUUCUAGGUUAGACUUUCUUUUAAUUAGUUAUAUGCCAUCUAGAGUUGCAAACAUUAUAUUUUUCAGUCUGUGUCCAACUUGUUUUGGGGUGACAACUACAAUUCCAAGGACUAGAUUAAUGUCUGUUGGGGUUACAUCUCCUGCACUUAGUCAUCUUCAUUCAGUCACACAAUAUAAAAAUGUGGAACUUUGACAUCAAUGCAUCACAACAUUUUGUGACCAAAUGAUUGUGGUUAAGUGAAGCACAUGUAAAAUCCAAAAACAUCAAUGUCUUCAAAAUGUAGUAAUACCUCCACACUGUGUUGGACUUGAACAGAAAAGUUUAAUGUGAGUGAAGACAGUAUAUUACUAGUAAAAAAUAAGUCUCUAACCUACAGUAUAUAUAUGUUGAGAGCUGCUGUUACUUGACAUCUAUUGUAACCAUAAUUGUAAGAACAUCAAUGUUUAUUCUGCAAGAAGUGUCACAAAGUAAACUCCGCACAACUGUUAACCAUAAUUGUAAGACCAUCAAUGUUUAUUCUGCAAGAAGUGUCACAAAGUAAACUCCGCACAACUGUUAAAAUUGCAGGCAAUACGGCGUCAAAUGUGAGUGCCCACUUGUGAGGGGUUCAGGUCGAGGCCAUCAAUGUGCCUAUUGGCAGUUUCUCUUUAUCCACAGUUCGAAUAGCUGAAGAUGGUAGCUCCAACUCUUCCUUGUGCCAGUUGUAAUCAUAGGUCUCUAAAAAAGAUUUCAUAUGCACAGAUACAGUGUCAACGUCAAUUUAGUGUUAGUUCUGUCUAGCAUAUGGGCUGGAUGUCAUGAACAUGCAGCUAGUGUAUUGAUAGUGGACCCACUUUUUUGAAGGACUAAACAUGGACACAAUCAAGAAUACAGUGAUGAACAGCUUGUGGAACAGUAACUGCAGACCAUUGCAGAUAGCUGUUGCUUUAAAACUACAAGUCUCAAUAGCUAUUUUCUGCAUAUAUCCUACCUGGGAACUGAAGUAAGCCAUUUCUAACAGCAGAUGCAGUCUGCUCAAUGAAGGCACCAUAGUGACACCUGCCCAAUUACACUGUUCUUUUACUCCUAAGAAUUUCAAUGCAUUCUGGCAUCCUGAAAGGUUGCUGUGUGGCAAACAGUCAUAUAAUUUUCAGUGACAAAAUGUUGCAGAUUUUUAUGACAAACAAUAAAAAAUUAUCCUACAGUACGAUAAGUGUCUCAGUCCUGUGGCUAAAUAUAUUGACAAGUAACACAAUAAAUGCUGUACCUGUUCCCAAACAUGUUUCCAGCCAACCAUGUUUUCUUUCUGAUUAUGCCUUUAGGGAGACACUUUGUGGGUAACCUUACUUAAUGUCAGCUUUACUUCUUUAUUUGCAUAUUUUUGUGUCAUACAGUACUCACUUUAGUGCUGCUCAAUAUUACUGAAAAGAAAUGACCACUGUCACAUGGGGUAACAGAAGACACAUCACCAAAAUCCAGAGCUUUACAUUCGUCGCAUGAAACUAAGUUCUUCUACUACAGUAUUCACUCUCACAUUUGCUCAUCAAACGGCAUUCAUGGCAUUGAUAAUGUACUAUAGUCUCAAGAGAUUGGACUGCCUAUCCACUAACAUCAUGACAACUGAGACUUGCACAUGAGUUUCACCUCAAAGACUAUUGACCAAUGUACAUUGCUGCAGUGUGAUGCUGGUCAGGUGUAAAUCUUUGGUUGUCUGUUUAUUUUUGUACCUUCAUUGUAAUAAGUCACUUACAUGUCGUAUGCUGGUUACAAUAAUUAUGUUUCGGCUUAUUGUUGCCUACUCACAUGUCAAGUUACUCCACAUUAGGAAGUCAGCAUGUAUGAGAAGAAAUAUAAAUGAUACAGACUGUCAAAAAUUGUAUGGUUGUUUAGAUUUCCCUGAUAUUACCAACUGAACAACAAUAACUAAGAAUCCAGUAUACUGCUACUUUCUGUGGCCUGCAAAAAAUUUGGGUAUCUGUCCUAGUCAUCAUAAUGUCCCACUAUUAUGCCCUCAGACAGUCUCAUAGUCUGCUUGUAAUCCUGACAGUAGACACCUCUAAGAGCCUCUCUCACAGAUCUAAUAAAAACCACUUGGUCAAUCAUUGAACAGCUGUACAAGAAAAUAGAGUUUUCAGGGACCUAUAUACUGCCAGCAAUAAAUUGAAAUAGUACUACUUUUAAAAGGACACAAUCUUAAACAGCAUGUAACAAUUUUUUUAACCCACAGUGUCCAACAUUUUCGGCCAGGUUUGACCUUCAUGAGCUUGUGGAAUGAGAAGUUGGACACAGCGACCACACAAUCACUGUUUGACAGCACCAGCCCCCCACCCCACUCAAAUGCUCAGCUACGUGCAUGAAAUGACAGUCUGGAAGGCUGCCUGCUGAUACCCAGUAGCUGUUCCAUAAAAUAUUCUGUAGUUAUUAAUCAGAACUGACAUAUGCUCCAGGAAAGGCUUUUGCUAGUGCACAUGCUUGCUUUUUUUCUGUAGACUGUACCAGACUGAGUCUUACAAAACUGCAAGUUGUCUUACCAUGUGUCUUCGUUUAGAACUGCUGUGACUUUUUAUUGAUAUGUAUUUGAAAAAAUACUGAAAAAAUAUGAUAUUUCUUCCAGAUUGAAAGAAUGCAAACAUUUUUGAUAUCAUUCAACAUAUUUAUUACUGUGUACCAAAACUGAACUGUGAUGUGUUCAGAAGUGAAACUUCAUUAAACUGCUAAGGAGUACCAGUCUUCACAGAACCUGAUGCAGAACUUUCUUGCUUCCCCAGUCCUCAGUAAUGAAUUAUCAGAAAUCACCUUUGUAGGGAAAAAAAAUACAGUGUUUUCCUUUUACCAUGAAUGUGAAGUGAAAUUAGUAGUGUACAUUUAUAAAGAACACAAAGAUAUUACAUUUGUCUGAAGUGAUCAACACCAAACAAACUGUUUGGAAUCAUCCUACUAAAUAAGAGAUCAAAGUAGUUUUAAUGCCAGUCUGCAGAGAAUUGGAUAGGCAGUGGCUAUUUCAUGUGGAGAAACAAUUGGGAAUUUACAUAAAAAUAAUUACUCCUUCACCUAUGUUGGACAUCCAUAGCUUCUAUGUUGGCCUCUGGAAAAGAAAACUUUGCAGCUUAUAAUCACAAUACAACUGCUCUGACUAAUUCUUGCUCUUCAACAAUAAUCCACUACAUUUUACAGCAACAAAUUUCAUAUCACAGAGGGAGCCCCACAGAACUUCUGCAGGCAUGCAAAAACACCCUUCAGGCAAUUAUAAGCAACUCAUAUUCAAAAGUAGGUUCACUACUUUAUAAAAUAAUUCUUUUAUGGAGGGAAAAGGAGUGUAUUCUAAACUUAAGUUGAGCUGCAUUUGGCUGCAUGGCCUAUCGCUGUACAUUUGAACCCAUUAUAUGUACACAGUGAUGAACGGCAAAAAGGACUAAAGGACUACUGCUCUGGAAAUCAAAAAAUUGGAAAACCUUAUCAAUAAAAGUGUCUGUGAAAUGUAACAUUUAAACAUGCCUAUCACACACAAGAUGCACGGUAUAUUUCCAUAUUAAACAUAUUUUAAUAUAGAAUCUUAUUCAUGUAAAUUGAGAUUUGAUUUUCUGAAUAAGUCUGGAAAUGCAUAUUAAAUUUUUCUGUGAUUUCAAAAGAAAUGUUUAGCACUAUGCACUAUGUUUAGAUGCUGUCAAAAUUUGUUAAGUGGUUUACCUUAAGAGUUAUGUAUGUACAAAAAGACACAGACAUUAUGUAUAGUAUUUAUAUUCAACAAUGUAGACCAGUAUAAAAAGUGAGUAUGUGCAUCUGUUAUCAAAAAUGGUGCUGUGAGUAUUGCACUUAACAUUAGAAAUAAAAGAACAAUACAAAUAGAAAAGACAAACAUAUGAGCUUGUGAUUUAUUCUUAAAAUUUAUUGAAUGCAGCUGAGAUAAGAUUUAUUUUGUAUAUUCCAAAGUUGGAAAAGUGUUCUCAGAAUGUGAUGGACAUGAAUUAGUGGCACGCUAAAUGGAUCUCAAUAAGCUAUCCAAACCACGUUAGUCACUAGUAAUAGUUUUUUUUAAAAAUAUCCAAAUAUGUGUACAGGUAAAACUGGUGUGUCAAUGAAAUAAAAAGAUUUGUUACUUCACA